UCAAUGUUAACUUAUGAUGACCAAGCUAAUGUUUCCGUUUGAAGGAGGAAUGUGGCAAUCAGGCCACGGUUUUGAGAUGCUGUUUGUAUUGUACAUCUUUUUAAAUAGCAGAAUCUAUGGAGUGGCCUUGAAAUGAGACUCGGGAAUGGUUUCUUGCGCUCCUCGCGGUACUAUUUACGUAAGUGCAGACAGAUGGUUCCAAACAGAUUUUUCCUUUCCCAAGUCAGUUUUGACGAAUCUACUCGCGUCUCAUGUUGUGCUUGAAAAUCCAAGGAGCAAUUAAGACUACAUGUGCAUGACUGCGUUUAAUCCAAUUCGGUGAUAGUGAGACACUUGAAAUUUAGCAAUAAAAUUAGUCAUCAUGUGGAACAGAUUGAGACUUUUCAUCCUUGGCUCGUCAUUGGGAGUGUCUCAAGGAAUGGGUGAGGCUAUCAAAGACUUGUUAGCCAAACAAGACCUAGAAGGAAGGAUCUUUUCGUUUACCACGGGCGAUAUCACUUGGAAUCUUUUUCCCAUUGUGCUCAUAAUUGGUCUCCUCUACCUCAUCAGAGUAGGAUUUUUGUUGGAAGGAAAGGAUGACUCAUCCUCUGGUUAUGGAGACUCCAGUGGCUCUGGUUAUGGAGCGCCCUCUUCUGGUUAUGGAGCACCUUCUGAAAGCUACGGAGCACCUGCUCCCAGUUAUGGAGCACCCUCAGAAAGUUAUGGUGCGCCUGCUCCAAGUUACAAUGCACCAACUCCAAGCUACGGAGCACCAGCUUCCAGUUUUGGAGGAGGGUCGCUUUCAUCGGGAUAUACGCCACCUAGUGGAAAUUCAGGUGGUUCCAUUACUUAUGGUGGUUCUCCCCAAGAUUCUGCCUUCCUAGCCCCUCCAGUGCAAUCGGGAUACUCGAGUGGUAACUCGGCCAACAGUGUGGCCAACUUUGGAACUCCUUCCGGGGUUCAGGCUGGAUACUCCGGAAACUUUGGAUCCUUGUCAAGAGAAGAUAUCCUUCAGUUUGCACUCCAAGAUUUAUUGGGAUACAACUCGGAGGAAAACCAAGACCCAUAUGUGUAUUCAAGUCGGGAGUUCCCAGACUCCACAUGAUGCCUGUAUGGGUUUGUAGCGAAUAAAAAUGUC